GAAAUAGCAUACUGAAAAUAAAUUAUUUUUAAAUGAACAGCAUCAGUAUUUACAGAAUGUAAAAUAAAGAAAAAGUGCGUGUGAUUUUUACUAUUGAAUGAGCAGGUCUAUUUCUCUGGAAAUAGUGUAAAUUCGUUUUAUCAAUAAAAACGAAAAUUUACGGAAUUAUUAAUCGGUUUUCCUAUGCUUACUAACAACGUGCAGUUUUUCUAUAAUUUUUCGAAACUAUUUUUAUAAGUUUCUCAGUGAGUUCCUUCAUCCUUCAUAAUGUAUAUGUGAGGCAUACAUUAGUCGAAUCUCUAUCAGUUUCUCAUAUCACCAUUAUUGAAAAGGAAAAUCAUGUCAAUUUUAUCAAGACAAUUGAUAGUGAAACUAAACAUAUUUAGUUUCAUAAAAACUGCUUACAGAAAUUUAUAUUCAUCAAAUGUUCAUGCCUUGUAUGAAGGAGACAGUAAAACUACAAUAACUAUUUUAAAUAAAAAUUUUGAUUAUGGUUUGAUGAUCAACAAUAUAACAGAACAUGGAUUUAUAUUGAAUAAUGGAAUAAGGACAAUAGGACCUAUGAUUGUGUUUUCGAAACUCAUGUUAAGUUGGAACAUAGCUUCUUCAACAGAUAUGAAUAAAAAUUCUUUUUCUCUUGUUUUAAAUCUUGAACCAAAAUUAGAUUUACUAGUCAUUGGUUUAGAUGACAAUUAUCUAUACAAUGAACAAUUUAUUUUGGAUAUAAAAAAAAUUUUUCGCAACCAUAAAAUACUAGUUGAAAUAUUACCAGUUUAUCAUGCUUGUUCAACAUUUAAUUUUCUGAAUUCUGAAAAUAGAUAUGUAGCAGCUGCUCUCAUACCUCCAAAAUCAAAGUUUGUAGAAGACUUGUUAUUACAAGAUAAAGUUAAAUGUGGUACAUUAGAACAAGAUCAUCAAUUGGAAAAAAUUCCAAGGACCUACAGUGAUGAAAUUCUAUCUAAUCCAGAUUUUGAUGGUUUAAAUACCAAAACAUUAAUAAGAAAUAAAGAAAUUAAGCAAUACUUCAAAGUGAGACGACCGUGGAAAGUCAAAAACAAUGCUCAACAAUCAUAUCCUUUAAACGAUUCAAAUAAAAAGUAAUAAAAAAUAAUUAAUUUAAUUUAUAAAUUGUUUUUUUUAAAUAUAUAUAUACAUAUUGAAUUUAAAAAAUUUUUUAAC